GUUCAGGGGCCUGUGAUAGUAGAGGAUACCUGCUUGUGCUUCAAUGCCCUGGGGGGGCUUCCAGGACCCUACAUAAAAUGGUUCCUGGAAAAACUCAAACCAGAAGGCCUGUACAAGCUGCUGGCUGGGUUUGAAGACAAAUCUGCCUACGCUCUCUGUACCUUUGCGUUCAGUACUGGAAACCCUGAGGAGCCAGUGAAGCUGUUCAAAGGCCAGACUCAUGCUGAGGGAGGGUGCAGCUGGUGGGUGCUGAAUGCUGCAGCCAUUUUGCCCAGCGGUGCUUACCAAUACCUCAUUCUCUUCAGCCCCCUCAUCUCCCUCUGCUACGCCGAACUGCCCAAGGCGGUGAAGAACUCGAUCUCGCACCGUUACAGAGCGCUGAGCGAGCUCUCCGCCUUCUUCCUUCAGAGCAACCCGACAGAGCCCUGCUCCGGUCCCGGCUAG